CACUGGUCUUUUCCUGGGGCCUCCAAACCACUAAAACCGCCCCUGCCCACACUUCCCUUAGAUUGUCCCACCCACAUUUUCAAUGCUUCCUACGCCCAUGCAAUAUAUGAACACUCAGUCUCAAAAGGGACAUCUCUACGCGUAAAACCAGCGCUUCGGACAUGUGACUGGAAGUGUCGACAGAAGUCCCCGGCGCUCAACAAAGACGACAACAGGAAGCCAUUCCACUUCAUUCAGCUCCAGGAGAUCUGCGAGCACAAAGGUGGCUCCCCGAACAUGUUCACAGGCCUCCCUGGUGCUGUCCAUGACGCGCGGGUCCAGCGGUGGAGCUCAGUUUACUUGGGGCAACUCACUCCGCCUCCGGGAUGGUGCGUCAUUCAGGACAGGGGAUGGGGUAUGUCCCUGCUUGGCUGCACCCAUGUACCUCUCCAAAAUCCUGCUCAGGCCAGGUACAACCGACACCUUUCCACGGCCAGGCAUGUGGCAGAGAGGGCGAUGUGGAUGAAGGACCGGUGGCUCGGCAUCUUCCUGAAGGCCUUUGAGGGGAAGUCUACCUUUGUGCCGGUGGUCGUGUCCACAUGUGCCUUCCUCCACAACCUCUGCAUCAGCAGCAAUGGGGACAUGGUGGAGCCAGAUGUGGAGGGGGUCGACCACGAGGGGGAGGAUGAGAGGCAUCUCUACCAACCCAACGACCAGCUGCCCUGUCUGCUCCUGGCACUGCCAGCUCUGCAGACUGGCAGCUGCCCUGUCUGCUCCUGGUACUGCCAACCCUGCAGACUGGCAGCUGCAGUGUCUGCUCCUGGUACUGCCAACUCUGCAGACUGGCAACUGCCCUGUCUGCUCCUGGUACUGCCAACCCUGCAGACUGGCAACUGCCCUGUCUGCUCCUGGUACUGCCAACCCUGCAGACUGGCGGCUGCCCUGUCUGCUCCUGGUACUGCCAACCCUGCAGACUGGCAGCUGCCCUGUCUGCUCCUGGUACUGCCAACCCUGCAGACUGGCAGCUGCCCUGUCUGCUCCUGGUACUGCCAACCCUGCAGACUGGCAGCUGCCCUGUCUGCUCCUGGUACUGCCAACCCUGCAGACUGGCAGCUGCCCUGUCUGCUCCUGGUACUGCCAUCCCUGCAGACUGGCUUUAUUGCGGAGGAGGUAAUGAUUCUAAAACUAACUCGGAAUGUACUUCUUAAAUGACAAACUUACUAGUGCGCACAGUAAGUUUUUUUUUUUUUGAUGUUCCAGAGUUUUAAUCGGCCAAAAUACUAUAUAGCAUUUUUUUUUCUGCCAUUUGAUUAGGUAAACCUGUGAUCGGGACAGGCCGAUGGCAACAUGUGGCUACACGCCUACCAAGCUAGCUGUAGCAGGCAUCUCUUCUUCAGCUUUUCGUCCUCGUCUUCAGUAUAAGUUGUUAUCCAGCAGAUGGCGUUUUGUUCCAUUCCUAGAGCACUUGGCACAGGUGAGCUAGGGUCCCAUAAGACUCACUCCCCUUGGCUUUCCCCCAUUCGGUAAGCGUUUAGUGUUUAUUAAAAUACUGGAUUUUGGUCUUUGUAUGUUGCGCCUCUUUGUGUUUGGUUUGAGCGUUUGAGAGAGAGAGAGAGAGAGAGCGGAAACACUGCAUUUGGUUAAACUGGAAGGUUUCUUAAUUUCACUUUAAUUCAGUGAGGCCCAAAACCAGAACUUUUGAUAACAACUGAACUGCAGGAGCUAUUAAGGAUGAGCCCUUUCCUGAACCUGGUUUUACUUUGGACUUAGAUGGUCUAACAGGACCUGCGCUCGAAUGUAAGAGUGUAGAAAAUCCAGAUCUGUACAUACUGAACAGUAAGGCACUAUACUGAUGUUGUGUAAAGGCUUCAAACGGUUAAUUAAAUGGAAGAACAGACACUGAGAGGAAAACCUACAUCCAGAUAGUGCUGUUAAACCAGUGUGGUAUGGAAGCAUAAUCCCUACAUUGAGUUGACAGUGGAAACACAAAAAGACUCCUCUGUGGACAUUUCUAAAAGAAAACUUAAGACAUAUCUUUUUAGCCUGGCUUUUACUUAAGGUGCCUCAUCAUUUGUUGUUUUAUUCAUCUAUUGUUGUUUUAUUCUUUUAUUAUUUUAUUUGUUGUUUUGCUUUUUUUGUGCCUUUGCUUAUUGUCUUUUGGUCAUGUGCAGCACAUUGGGCUACAGCCACUGUAUGAAAUGUGCUAUAUGAAUAAAGAUUGAUUGAUUGAUUGAAACUGGGCUUUUGGGGUUCAGGGAGAGAAGGAUCUGAUUCGGACACAGGGAGACGGGGUCCGAGGAGAGAAGGAUCUGAUUUGGACACAGGGAGAUGGGGUCCAGGGCCGUCAGGAAUCAGACCACAUGCUCUUCUGCCAUUCUCAUCUUCAGCACUGGUUGCUUGGUAACGGACUACAGGCUUUGCUCUCUUUAUCAGGCUCUUCUGGACUGUAAAGGCACAGCCUGCCCCCAACACCACCAGCACACCACCAGAAACCCUACACUAAAGGCUUCAACAGGCCAUUUUCAUACUUUCUGGAGCCAGGUAGUCUAUAGGCCCAUACAUUUCAAUACAUUGUGAAAAUACACUCAUUUUAUGCAAAUUCCAUAAGAACUGUUAGUCUAAUUAAAAGGGAAUCAGUCUUCUUUUCAAUAAUUGUCAGGCCUUAGUACACUGAUAGGCAACAAUCAUUGUUUGAUAAAUGUUUUAUUUAGCAAUUCUGUGGAAAAACAGCUAAAUUGACAAAGCUAGGCUACAUCUUAGAAACCAUAGCCUAAGAUUGCAAAAGCCUAAAACCUAUACUUUUGUGUCUCUUAUAUGUAUUGUGCUCAAAGGGACAAUAAAACAUGAGGCAUUGUGGAAAAAAAUUAAUUUUAUUUUAUAUUA